GCUAGGCUACAAGCUUUUAAAAAUUGUGUGGAGCAUAAAAAGAUUACUUGUAAAAGUUUGUUAUGCCUUGAUGUUCCAACAAGGUGGAAUUCCACCUAUUUGAUGUUGGAGGUAGCCGAGAAAUUUCAAAAAGCUUUUGAGUGUUUAGAAGAGGAUGACCCACGAUUCAAGUUAUUUUUCAUGGAGAAUGAUGAUGAAAAUGAGAAUGCAAAUGAGAAUGAUGGUGGAAGAGGCAAAGGGAAAGGAAAAAGAUUCAUUUCAUAUCCUAAAGAAGAAGAUUGGGAGGUAGCUAGAGUCUUUGUGAAAUUUUUAAGACUUUUUUAUCAUGUGACUUUGCAACUUUCAGGGUCUUUGCAUGUGACAUCUAAUGUUUUUUUUCAUCAACUUGUGUCGGUGCAAUCCAAAUUAGUUCAAUUGAGUAAAAGUGGAGAUGCAGUGUUGAGUAAUAUGGCUGAUAAGAUGAAAUUGAAAUACGACAAAUAUUGGGAGAAUCUCGAUAAUAUCAAUUUCUUGUUAUAUGUUGCCGUUGUGUUAGACCCUCGCUACAAGUUGACAUAUCUUAAGUUUUCAUUCAAUAAAGUAUAUGAAAAUGACAAGGUAGAAAUUUUAGUGGCGAGGGUGAAGGCAACAUUGGAGCGCUUGUUUGAUCAUUAUGUUGAGAAGAACAAUGUUGGUAAUGUUGCACCUUCAUAUGCAAGUCAAGCUCCGCAAGUGAUGGAAGUUGAUGAAGAGGAAGAGGAAGAUCCCAUGACACUCUUUGCCUCUCAAUAUAUUAACCAUUUGGAGUCGGAAAAAAGUGUGGAGAACAAAUCAGAGUUGGAAAAAUAUUUGGUUGAUGAUUGUGUAGACCCAAGAGUUCCAAAUUUUGAUAUUUUGAAUUGGUGGAAGGUUAAUGGCAAUAAGUAUAAGGUUCUCUCUUUAAUAGCAAAAGAUGUGUUGGCUGUCCCAGUUUCUACAGUGGCUUCUGAGUCAGCUUUUAGUACCAGUGGACGUGUGCUUGAUCCAUUUAGGAGUUCUUUGACGCCAAAGAUGGUGGAGGCUCUAAUUUGUGCACAAAAUUGGUUACGGUCUUCAUCAAUUCCAAUCAAUCUUAGAGAAUGUAUGGAUGAUGUUGAACAAUAUGAAGAAAUUGAGUCAGAAUUUUUUUCAUCAUCUACUGCACAAGAAGCAACUAUUGUUGAGGACUAAUUUGUCUCCAAGUUAGUUUGGUUUUAAAGUUCUUGAGAUUAAUGAAGUUUUUGAAGUUUGGUUGAAGCAAUUGUGAAGGAUUGAAGUUAUUGUGGAGUUUGAUGAGUAGAUUAAUUUAUUUGAAUUCUUGGAUUGUUUGUGGGUUGAAUUAUGUUGAACUAUGUUGGUUGAACUAUGUUGGAUGUUGUAGAAUUUUUUUUGUUGAACUAUGUUGGAUGUUGUAUGAAUUAUGUUGUAAAACUAUGU